AUGUUAUCCUCAUAUUGCCAGUCGAUCAACAAUCAAAAAGACUACAAGCAAACCAAGUCAUCAGAAUCCUUUUGUCAAGCAUCUCUCUCUUUUCAUUGGUAUAAGGAACCUUGGGUCGACCUCAUACCGCUCCCACAAACUGGAGUCCUCAGUAUAGAGCUGAUAAAUCCUUCUAAAUGCGGUAGUUACCUGGUGGCAAGAUGGCAGCAAGAACAGAAACAGCGUCUUUAA